ACGUAAGCUAGCUUACCGGUUAGGUAUCUGAAGCGAGCCGUUGAUACUGGUUUAAGUAGAUUACCCGGAGGUGGGAGUAAGAGGAGACACGUGGUGGCAGUGGAAAAGCCUAUAGGAAUAAAGGAAGCACUGAAGUGUGGUGGUUGUUCGUCCUGACAAGCAGCGAGUAAAGAGCAUACACACUGAGAGUAGCUUUCGAUGGUGGUGAACAGAAUAAACUUUUGCUGCAUCUAAUGUGUGCCCCGCCCUGAGCUUCUACAGAGAGUUGAAAGUUGAUUUUUUAACAGAUAAACGAUAAUCUGUUUUCCGUGCAAAUUACUUGUGAAUUGAAGCACUUUUGGAUUACAGCAUUAGCAUUUUAGGAAUUGAGUUAGUGAUCAAUUGUGAUAGUGAAAGUCAUACAUUUUAGGUAAAACUGUAUUCGGCUUUUAAGAAAAGAAGAACGCACAUUCAGUGAGAGCGAGAGUUCCUUGUUUUGGGGAGAAUACUUACACCUAAAUCCCGACAAGCUCAGUUGUACCGCAGUCGUCGUCGAACAUUAACGCGAAAUUCCGUGUUGAAAAUCUUGAAAAUACAAAAGCAGCUAAGCUGUGUAAUAGUUCAAAAAACUGUCUGAUUGAAGUGAUAAAGUAGUGAUUCUACUUCUUUCGUUUGCUGUCGGUGUAAGGAAUCUUCAAAAGUCAAGAUGUUGAUUGGAUUAGUCCGAGAUUCGGUUAUGCAGUGCUUCUGCCACACGUGCCGAGCACCCAUUCUACCGGCAGUCAACCGCCGGUCAGCGCCCACAAAGAAACCGACCAAAACCCGCACCAAGCAGCCAAAAGCGUCCAAGAAGGUGAAAUUCAUCACUACCGAAAUCCGAUGCCAAGAAAAAUCCAAGGGAGGCCUGUGCUACGAGGUGAUUCUCGCCGAGCCGGCCGUCAACGUGACGCUACCGAAGCUGCCAGUGACGCCCGGUAAGGCCGUGUCCGCCGAGGAGAUCGAAGAGAAACUAAAAGCCGCCGAAGAGCGGCGUCUUUCUUGGGAGGCCAAAAAGAUGGCCGAAUUGUCCGCCAAGAUGGCCAAAAUCGAGGAAGCCAGCCGCAAGAAGGAUGAAUUAGACAAAAUGUUCAAGACGCAAGCCAAGGAAGCACUGGAAACCAAAAUGGAACAAUACGAGGAGAAACGGGACCAGCAGAUUUCGGAGAUCAAAGAAAAGUUGAAGAUGCACGCAGCGGAAAUUGAGAAGACGCGACACAGUCUUGAGCACGCGAAAACGGAAGAGCUGAAGAUUCAACUAGAAGAUAAAUUGCGGACCGCAGCCUCGUUGCGUCAAGAUAAGAUCCAGAAGACACUGGACCGGCUAAAGGAACACAACACUGACAAGCUGAACGAAGUGCGAGCCACCGUGGAUCUGCUCGAGUCACAGAAAUCGGAGGAGAAGACCCGCAUUAUCGAGAACAAACUGUCCACCGCCGAGCAGAACCGCGAGAAGGAGCUCCAGAAGAAGCUGGAGACCAUUCGCAAACACGAACGACGUGCGGAGAUUGUGCGCCAGAACAAGGCCGCCCUUGCCACUCAAAAGAAUGACGACUCCAGCGUCACCGCAUCAUCCGGUUAAGGAUCGACUAGAGCCAUCGUACGAGCUUCCUUCUUUAACCCUCUCUCUUUCUCUUCUUCAUACCUACCAUUUAAAUUGCAAUUGCAAUGCACCGACCGCUCGUCCUCCCCAUUUUCUCCCUAAGUAGUGCUAGAACAACAUUGGCGGCGAGACAUGAGCGCGUGAACAUGACACCAGAAAAGCUCACUGCGAAUCGCACCAAGCAAAACUAGAAGUACAUGAACGAGUUCAGUCACAAACACAGAAUAAAAUACCUAGAGAAUUAAAUAAAAGAGUUAUGAGAAAAUAAAUAACAAAGUAUCAAUUGCAAAACAAACAAGAGCAAAGAAAAUAAGAGAAUUGAUAUCAGCGAGCAUAGCAAGCAAAUCAGCAAGCCGAAAAGCAGCGCCGAACGCAAAAACCUAACAAAAAACUGUUUAUUGAUUGAUCUAGCCAUUUGAUGCAACGUGUGCAACCAAAAGAAGAUAGAUAGAUACAAAUGAAUCAAUAACAAAACUUCUUUAAAAGAAGACUAUAAUCGAUAUUUGAAAUAAAUUUGAAGAAAACCUAUAAUCACUACCUUUUUUUUAAACAACAACUAUUAGGAAGAACGCUGAUUCAAUCUGCAAAAAAGCAACAUGGUAGAACUUACUACACAAAACCAAUCAACAAAGUAGGUCUCAAAUGAACACCCUAUAAUCAGUUGAAGGAAAUUUAAAAAAUAUACUAUCACAUAAGGAAGCAAAGAUGACUAACAUUUAAAUUGCAACUUGAGUUAAUUUCUAUAAUCCAACAAUGUAAAACAGAUGGUGUUAUGUCGGUCGAUGGAAAAUCCUUUAGCGUUCAAAUAAAUGUAAGCCGAAUGUAUUUCUCUCCAUAUAACCCAGAAAAGUCUCUUUACAUGCAUAUAACGGAACCAUUUGGUGUCAGAACUUGAUCCGAAAAGAAGUUAAACUGGAUAUUACGUUUCCUAUAAAAGGCAAGUUUCAUUUUUUUUUUAUUUUCCAACCAAUCAGAAUAACGAUGAGGAAUUAGAAAACGACGUUUUUUUGUUUCAAAAUAAUAAAUUUAUAGCAUAUAAAUAGAUCUUAGAUAGCUCACAGAACGUGAACUUGAAAGCGGUAAGCAAAAUUUGUGUCUGCUAUCCAGAACAAGCGAUCGCAUCUCAGUCCCAUCAUCGACGGAAACUGCCCAAACAUACGUCACUCGUCUCACAAAAAAAUAAAACAAACAGGUGGAAAACAAACAAAAGUAACAAUAGCAGGAAUAGGAGCAGCGGUUUUGCUAAUGCUGCGACAAUUUAGGUAAAAAUGGACGCAAUUUUUUGAGUUAUUUUUUUGUAGUUUUAUAGAAAGCAAGCUUUUCGAGAUGGACAUUUUUAGAGGAAUACACCCAAUAGUAUUAGCUGAUCUAGGCAACAAUAGAAGCAUACAGAAGUCAGAAUCACUUAGAUAAAUAGCACGAGGGGAAAGUGAAACACAGUGAGAGAUCGAGUCGUCGUGUUCUCCAGGAAUGAGAGACUUCAGUGAGGUGCGACAUUGAUCGCUUGAUGUUUCAGUAUCGAAUUGGCUUACUUCAUUUGCUCUUUAUUGGUUGCAAACGAACGCAGGGAAGAAAAGGGUUUUGAUAAAACACAACCCAUAUUAACAAGUGGCUGACGAUGGGAAACGGUUGGAAAUACGGAUGAGUAUAUGAAUUUGUUGAGUUAAAUAAUAGUCGUGAAAUUAUUUUCACAAGUUUUAUGAGAAAGCUGAAAGGAAUCGAUCGACAACGUUGUUACACAGAGAUUUCAGAAAUUCCGUCGAGUACUGAUCGUAGUACGACCGACAUUGUAUGCAACACAGGGUCAGCUUAAAAAAGUUGAUAUUAACCAACGGCAUUAGACACAUGUCGUUUCAGACUUCAAGUGAAAGUUACUGUCUCAAAAAGUGCGAGUUUAACUUUUUUUUUCUAAUAGUCGAUGUCGUUGACUAUUAUAGCAACAACGUUCAAAUGAAUCUGAUCCGCAACGAAUUGAUAUAAAUUGCUUGACAAAUAUGUUGGUUAAAAUGACGAUGUUCACAUUCUGACUAGGUCAGUAGACGUAACAUCGAUCUCCAUACAUUGGAUAUAUAGAAUCACCAAAAAAAAUAUUUAUUAUUUAUACAGCAAACAUGAUGCCACAUCUUCCGUCAUUUUCCUGCAGGGUCUUAAAUUAUAGUGGUAAGAGCCCGGGGAUGAAUUUCCAAAUUUCAUAUCUAACAAUCCCAGCAAAUUGUUUCCCAAUUUGUAUUUCCGACGCUGUCAGGUUAUUAUAGGAUCAAUUCGGGUAGCUUCGAGACCGAACUUGAUAUGACACCAUGGUGUUAGGAUCCAGUCAACCUCAGCGUAUGAGUAAAUAAUCAAGGCUAUGAUCUGUAAUCGACAAGUUCAAACAUCUUGAGGGAUAAGCAAAGCUCAGAAUGGAUGGAUGACCGAAUAGAAGAGUAGAGUUACAAAAAGGAAGCAAGUUUAUGUUAAAUCUCAAUUUUAAAAUUAUUCUUAAAAAAUCCCUUGUAAGUUAAGUGUAACCUAAGCUCUAUUAAUUAUUAUUACGAUUAUCAUUACAUUAUUGAUACUGAUAGCACUAAAACAAGCAAAUUAAGACACACUUACAAAAAAUAUUAUAUACCUACAUUCAUAUUGCAUCGCCUCUGUGCCGCCUUUUUACAUUAUUAUUCUCUCUAUUAUUGAUUCUAAUUGCGAAACUAAGGAAAAAUCCAACAUUUAUACAUAUAUUUAUACCUUAAUCGCAAACCUGUGAUGGGAUGGGCGGAGGAAGGCACCUAUCUACAGACACAUUAAGGGUGCGGAACAUUUUAGUUCCCACCGCGCUUCUUCCGGAAACCUCCCGAACACAACGUUAGAAUUUUAAGUUUUGCUUAUUGGCAUUGUGUAAACAAGAGAUAGCUGUUGUGUAUCGUCACGAACGUAUAAGGAAUUGCAAGUCGGAGCUCGGAAAGCGUUCGGUACUUUUAAGUGCUUACAUUUUUACGUAAAAGAAGUAAUGAGAAGCCUUUUGUAAUAUAGAAUAAAAAAUUGGAAUGAAAUUAAAAUUCAGCUUAUCCAUUUGUUGAACUGAAACACCUGUUUGAGAGCUUGAUUGAUUCGUUUCUUUUAGUUUUGUUCAAAGCAUUCCCGCCUAAUACCGUAAUUAAUCUGAUAAAAGUGCGCAAACAUGGCACCUUUUUGUCACCUUUGAAAAGGUUUAACAGAUUGGCGAUAGUGCCACGCUGGUAUCUAUCUUCGCUUUUUUGUAUGAGUCACAAAAAAUAAAUACAUACAUUCAAAUCACACAAUUGUUUAGUCCCAAAAUAAACGCUCCGCGGACAAUAAGAUGCGCUUUAUUUGGAAUCACUCAUCACUAAGUAAAACUAAAGAUUAAACACAUCAUUUCGAUGUGCUUGAUAUGGAAACGGUGGAAGAAACAAACUCCCAAAUAGCGGAAAAAAGUGUUUAUACUAGCUCAAAUCACGGUGUUAUGAAUCGAUGUUCGCUAAAAUGCAUAAAUAAGGAAUGUGACAAAGACACAGACGGAACAGAGACUGGUUUACCAACGGAACAAAAUGGUGGUAAUAUUGUAGACAAAAAAAAACAAAAAACUAACAAAAUAAGUAAACUAAAUCUAGUAAAGUGCUUAAAGGACAUUAUUUUGGUAAAUGCUUUUUUCCCUCGGUUGGAUGCUUGAAUGGAAUGGAAAUACCAAAUUUAACAACAAUGUGUUGUAAAAAAUAAACAAAAAAUGAACUAUCAAAGCAAACAUUAAGUAAUAAAAAACGAUGGAAGUUUUUCUUCGUUCCCAACACAGACGCAUGAUUCACUUUCACUAAAUAGGAAAGCCCAGCAAAAAUAGAAAUCGAACAUUAUUGAAAAAUCUCUUUGAACAAAGUGAAAAUAAAAGCAACAAAAGUGUAUCAAAUCUAAUCUAAAAACGCAUUAUACAAUUAUCAUGAUUAAUAUAUUAUUAAAUCUAUUAUAUAUAGCACAAGCAAGCUUCUGUGAUGGGUUUCAUUCAUAUUUUUAACGGAAAAGAGAAAAAGGAAACAACAAUCAAGCAGCAACGUUAAGUAAGAUCAAAAUACCGACUUAAGUAUGCUUCACUAUGAUAUUAGUAACUCGGAGUCUGUGAAAAACAUCACCACAAUAAAGGCACAGCUCCAGAGCAGAAACAAAAUAAAAAUGAAGAAACAUCCAGCGGAAACCUAAAACAAGACAAAAAUGAAAUCGAACACAAAAGAGAGGGGUGCGACAAGGCAUCAGAGUAAGAACAUGCAAGACACACAAACAAAAGGAAUGAAUGAAUGACGAUAAUGAAGAAACGAAACAACAGUUUAGUGUAAAAUAUAAAACCAAACUAACAAG